CAAAAUCAGCUGUUGGCUGUUGUGCGUUGCCGUCGUUAUCGUUGUCCACGCGUCUUAGGCACUUUUCAAAAAUCAAUUGUGUUUAUUAUAUAUAUUAAAAAAUGACUAGUUGUGAAUUUCAAGCGGUAGUUUUGGCUGCGGGGCGUGGCACACGUCUACCCGAAGUUCUGGGCGAUGCCCCCAAAUGCUUGCUGCCAGUCGGUCCUUUCCCCCUCAUCUGGUAUCCCCUUAAUAUGCUGAGCCGACACAAUUUCACAGAGGUGAUUGUUGUGGUGCUGGAGCAACAUAAGGUGGAUGUACAGCAGGCGCUGGAACGCACAUCCCUUAAAGUGAAAAUCGAAUAUGCCACAAUACCCAACGACAGCGAUUUUGGCACCGCAGACAGUUUACGCUAUAUCUAUGACAAAAUCAAGUCUGAUUUCUUGGUAGUUAGCUGCGAUAUCGUUAGCAAUGUCAGCCUCUAUCCUUUGAUCAAUAAGUUUCGUGCCGAUGACGCUGCGCUGGCGCUGCUUUUAUUCAAAAGUGGGUUUGAGUCGGAUGUGGUAAUACCGGGACCCAAGAGCAAGCACAAGCCAGAGCGUGACAUGAUUGGCAUUCAUCCGUCCACACAGCGUUUGGCAUUUGUAUUUGCUGCCAGCGAUUGCGAAGAAACAUUGAAUUUGCAACGAUAUCUGCUCAAGAAUCGUGGACAACUAGAUGUAUAUGGUCGACUCACGGAUGGUCAUGUUUAUGUGCUGAAAAAGUGGGUGAUCGACUAUCUGCAUAGGAAAGAAAACAUAUCCACGUUUAAGGGCGAGUUUUUGCCGCAUAUCAUUAAGAAGCAGCAUUACAGGCGCACGCCCAAAUCAAUGCCGGAUACAACUUCCGACUUGAAUGUAGCCACCAAGCAAGACGAUAACAUUUUGCACUAUGCCCCACACACUUUGAUGGAUCAGAAGGUGACGCAGGCUUCACUAUUUAAUCAGUCGCUCUCGCAUGUUCCUUACCAUGGCGACAUUAUACGCUGUUUUGCCGUGCAGGCACCACCAGAUUCGAUCGGUGUGCGUGUAAAUAAUACGCUUAGUUUCCUUGCAAUCAAUAGAAAGCUAGCUACCAUUUGGACCGAUCUAUGUGACGAUGCGCAUCCAUUGAUUGCACCAGGUGCUGUGGUCAAGUCUACACAGACCAAGGACAUUAUUGUGGCUGACAAUGCCAAACUGUCGGAGAAGACAUCGCUCAACAGCAGCGUCUUUGGCUCGAAUAGCAUUGUGAACCCCAAGAAUAUUGUGACCAAUUCUAUCAUCAUGUCCAAUGCGAUUGUGGAGGAGGGUUGCAAUAUUAACAACUGCAUCAUUGGACAUCGGGCGCAUGUGAAGAGUGGCUCGGUGCUUACCAAUUGUUUGAUUGGACCCAACUAUGUAGUGGAGGAGCAGACAAAGAGUCAAUCGUUGCAUUUGUCCAAUGAUGAUCAAUAUAUGGAGAUAGAUAUACAGUGA